AUGUCAAUUAUGUGGACCAUUUACUCUCUAAAUGGAAGACGGAUAGGAUUAACUCGUUUAGUAAUGCAACAUAGUGAUGGGAAAAAGAUCCAGUCAAGUACAAUUGUGUCAAGUAAAUUCCAAUCCAUUGCUAAGGAAGAAGAGGACAAUUGCUUGGAUACUGAUUCACAUGCUUCGAUUCACCUGGAGCAGUAUGGUGGUCCUUCCACUGGGAAAGCCACAGGUAGACUACAAUUUUCUGAGGCAGCGACGUCUGCUCAGCCUACACCAACCGAGAAACCUGAUUUCAAGGCUAAUCGUUUGGCACAAAAGGAUAAGGCUCUGACCUACGUUCCUCCUAUAACAAAGGAUGGCAAAGUUAUUUUCCCUGGUCUUCCUAUUGAUUUUUGGUCUAGUGAGGCUCUGGGGAAAGUUACAAGUGCGAUUGGAAGGCCAAUGUAUACUGAUAAGUUUACUGCGAACAUGGAGAAGCUGUCUUAUGCUCGGGUAUUAAUUGAGAUUGAUGUUGCUCAGCCAUUACUGGGUUCCAUAAAGCUUGAGACUCCUACUGAAGAAGUAACCCCUCCUACAAACCAACCUGAGGAACCUGCCCAUAAACAGGGGAACUCUACUCCAAGGCAGAUGACUGACCAAGGGAAACCUAGUACUGCCUCUCAGGUUGAUAGCCAACAAGGGGAGACAAUAAGGCCUGUGAAUAUGGCUAAUGUAGAGGGCCCAUGUGCAAGUUCAGGUCUUAAUAUCACAGAGCGAUGUAUACAUUGCAAGGGGAAGAGCACAACUGGUUUUUCUACCUUUCGUACUGUGGUGUAUGCAAAAAAUGAAGUGGAUGAGAGGAUAAGUUUGUGGAGGGAUCUUGAGCAAUUUGGCAGUUCAGUCCAAGGACCCUGGAUUCUGAGUGGGGACUUUAACACUUUAUUAUCAUCUGAGGAUAGGCUAGGGUCCCCACAGGAUAACAGUAGAGUAUACUCUAAAAUUGAUUGGGUACUUGGAAACUUACAUUGGCUCCAAGCUUAUGGCUAUGUGGAGGCUGAGUCCCUGAACCCUGGUGUUUCUAAUCAUUCCUCUGCUCUCAUACAAUAUAAAGCUCCAGAAAAGGAGUUAGUGGUAGAAAUUACAAAGUGGAGUGUAGUGGAAGAGCAAGCACUGAGACAAAAGUCUAGGGAAAAUUGGAUCACAAAUGGAGAUGCAAACAUCAGCUACUUUCAUGCUCAGUGUAGAAUCAGGGCUAAUAGAAAUGCUAUUACAUCUAUCCAUGACGUGAAUGGCACAAAGCUUACAGAUCCAGACCAAAUAGAAGCUGAGUUCCUAUCCUUCUUCACAAACCUAUUGGGGACUACUGCAAAAGAGUUACCUUACCCAAACUCAGUAACCAUCAGGAAAGAGAUCCUUGAUGCUAUCAAGGAAAUACCCCAUGAAAAAGCAUCUGGGGUGGAUGGAUUUCCUAUUGAGUUUUUUUCCAAGAAUUGGGGAAUAGUACAACAUGAUAUGACUCAAGCUAUUAAGGAGUUCUUCCAUUCUGGGAAAAUACUGCAGGCCUUUAGUGGUACAGCCAUUACACUGGUGCCUAAGGUCUCUAAUCCUACUCAGGUUGAUCUGAGGAAAGCAUAUGACUCCAUAGAGAGGAGUUUCCUUCAACAUAUGAUGGCAGAACUGGGUUUUCCCCACAAGUUUAUUAUGUGGAUUAUGGAAUGUUUGUCUUCAGUAUCUUAUGCAUUGGUAAUCAAUGGUGGGUUGACAAAAACUUUUAAAGAGAAAAGAGGCAUAAGGCAGGGGGAUCUUAUGUCCCCUUACCUCUUUGUGAUAGCAAUGGAAUACUUGCAAAGGGAGUUCAACUUGCUUACUUCUAAUCAGCUGUUUAAAUACCAUCCUAGAUGUAAAAGACUAGGAGUGGUUCAUAUUUGUUUUGCAUAUGAUCUCCUAAUGUUCUGUAAAGCUGAUCUCCCAUCCAUUGGGCUACUACAAGAGGCUUUUGCUAGAUUCUCAGCUGCCUCUGGUCUUCAGGCAAAUGCAGAUAAGAGCUCAAUCUAUAUGUCUGGGGUUAAAGCUGAGCUUAAAUAG